CCCUUGGGACUCCCGCGCCGGUGCACGGGUCUACCUCUAGCCGUUGACCCCUUAGUGUCCGCUGCGGGGGAGGGGCAGCGUAGCCUUUGGCCCCGACCGAGAAAAAGCUGCGGCCGGGUUUCACUGCUCGAGGCGGGAAGGCGGGGAGGUGAGGCCCCGACCGGUCGGCCAGCCAGAGCGUGGAAUUGGUAGCGCCUCCUAGUCCUAGGAUAUUUAUGGCUGGUGAAAAUGGUUGCACUACCCCCGCUUGCCGGCCUCGCCCGCCUCCCCGACCCCUGCUUGGGCGGGAGCCGCUGUUAACCGGGGUUUUCGGGGGAGGCGGCUGGGGGCUGGACGGCGGCGCGGGGAGGGGGCAGCUAGGGGCGCGGCCUGCCAUUGCCUCCUGCAGUCCAGCCCUGGAGGGCGUGGGGACUGGGGGGCGGUGAAAUAGCCGCUGUAGGUCCGCCUCUUUUAUUGAAGAAAUUUAAGUUCGUGUGGUUUUACCUUUUCCGGGAGUCUCCAGCUGGCCCUCAUAUGUGUCCGGAGCUCAGGAGUUCCCAAGCCAACUCAGUCGCACCAAGUUUCCGUCUUUUGGAAUUGGGGAAGGAGUUUCUUUCUUUCUUUUCUUUUUCUUGAGCCAGUUUUAAUCGCUUUGAAUAAAUACUCCCUUAAGUAGUUAAAUAUAGGAGGAGAAAGAAUACGUCGGUUGUUAAAGCAGGAGAGGAAGAGAGAGACCUGCUCUAUAGCGUGACUCCUCUAGAAAAAAAAAAGCCGGAGUAUUUUACUAAACCCCUAAAAUGUCGAGAUUUGUACAAGAUCUUAGCAAAGCAAUGUCUCAAGAUGGCGCUUCUCAGUUCCAAGAAGUCAUUCGGCAAGAGCUAGAAUUAUCUGUGAAGAAGGAACUAGAAAAAAUACUCACCACAGCAUCAUCACAUGAGUUUGAGCACACCAAAAAAGACCUGGAUGGAUUUCGGAAGCUAUUUCAUAGAUUUUUGCAAGAAAAGGGGCCUUCUGUGGAUUGGGGAAAAAUCCAGAGACCCCCUGAAGAUUCAAUUCAACCCUAUGAAAAGAUAAAGGCCAGGGGCUUGCCUGAUAAUAUAUCUUCUGUGUUGAACAAACUAGUGGUGGUGAAACUCAAUGGUGGUUUGGGAACCAGCAUGGGCUGCAAAGGCCCUAAAAGUCUGAUUGGUGUGAGGAAUGAGAAUACCUUUCUGGAUCUGACUGUUCAGCAAAUUGAACAUUUGAAUAAAACCUACAAUACAGAUGUUCCUCUUGUUUUAAUGAACUCUUUUAACACGGAUGAAGAUACCAAAAAAAUACUACAGAAGUACAAUCAUUGUCGUGUGAAAAUCUAUACUUUCAAUCAAAGCAGGUACCCGAGGAUUAAUAAAGAAUCUUUACUUCCUGUAGCAAAGGACGUGUCUUACUCAGGGGAAAAUACAGAAGCUUGGUACCCUCCAGGUCAUGGUGAUAUUUACGCCAGUUUCUACAACUCUGGUUUGCUUGAUACCUUUAUAGGAGAAGGCAAAGAGUAUAUUUUUGUGUCUAACAUAGAUAAUCUGGGUGCCACAGUGGAUCUGUAUAUUCUUAAUCAUCUAAUGAACCCACCCAAUGGAAAACGCUGUGAAUUUGUCAUGGAAGUCACAAAUAAAACACGUGCAGAUGUAAAGGGUGGGACACUGACUCAAUAUGAAGGCAAACUGAGACUGGUGGAAAUUGCUCAAGUGCCAAAAGCACAUGUAGAUGAGUUCAAGUCCGUAUCAAAGUUCAAAAUAUUUAAUACAAACAACCUAUGGAUUUCUCUUGCAGCAGUUAAAAGACUGCAGGAGCAAAAUGCCAUUGACAUGGAAAUCAUUGUGAAUGCAAAGACUUUGGAUGGAGGCCUGAAUGUCAUUCAAUUAGAAACUGCAGUAGGGGCUGCCAUCAAAAGUUUUGAGAAUUCUCUAGGUAUUAAUGUGCCAAGGAGCCGUUUUCUGCCUGUCAAAACCACAUCAGAUCUCUUGCUGGUGAUGUCAAACCUCUAUAGUCUUAAUGCAGGAUCUCUGACAAUGAGUGAAAAGCGGGAAUUUCCUACAGUGCCCUUGGUUAAAUUAGGCAGUUCUUUUACAAAGGUUCAAGAUUAUCUAAGAAGAUUUGAAAGUAUACCAGAUAUGCUUGAAUUGGACCACCUCACAGUUUCAGGAGAUGUGACAUUUGGAAAAAAUGUUUCAUUAAAGGGAACGGUUAUCAUCAUUGCAAAUCAUGGUGACAGAAUUGAUAUCCCACCUGGAGCAGUAUUAGAGAACAAGAUUGUAUCUGGAAACCUUCGCAUCUUGGACCACUGAAAUGAAAAAUACUGUGGACACUUUAAUAAUGGGCUAGUUUCUUACAAUGAAAUGUUCUCUAGGAUUCUAAAAUAGGCAGGUACUUUACUAUGUUACUGUACCCUGCAGUGUUGAUUUUUAAAAUAGAGUUUUCUGCAGUAUGCUUUUAGUCUAAGAAAAGCACAGAUGGAGCAAUACUUUCCUUCUUUGAAGAGGAUCCCAAAAGUUAGUUCAUCUUAAAGUGCAAUAUUGUUUAAUCUUAAAACUGGGGCAACUUUGGAAGAACUUUUAACAGAAGCCUCAAUUGAUGAUCACUUUGAAUUGCUUGUGAUUUCAAAAAUAAAGCAGUGAAGCAA